GGGCUCCUCUUCUGUGGUGUGCAGCAACAGAACAAGGGGCAACAGGGAAAAUCUGCAACGUCCAUGCAAAUAUGAGGAAGAACUUCUUUCCUGUGUGGGUGCCAGAGCCCUGGAACAGGCUGCUUAGAGUUGGGGGAGUUUCCUCUGGAGAUAUUCAAGACUGUCUGGACACUGUCAUGUGCAGCGUACUGCAGAGGACUGCUUUAGGGGAUUGUGAGAGCUCCAAAGGUCCCUUCCAACUCCUAUUAUUCUGUGAUUUUAUUACUAUGGGUCUUCUUCUGUCUUCUCCAAAACAGUGAAGUAGUUCCAGCCAACCAGCCAGUCAAAAACAAACAAACAAACAAAAAAAUCAACACUCUUUCAACCAAAGAAGAGUUUCAGUUGAUAACAAAGCAUUCUAGUGCAAAUGUUUCUGUUGAUCCAAGUGGUGUGGACUGAAACCAGAGUGAGACUCGUCGAAACCACCCCUCAGCCAGGCAAACACCUUCAUCUCUUAUCAAGGUUCUGUAGUCAUAUGAUGUGUGUUUGUACUGGUGCACAGAGCGCUGGUCAGCCUUUGGGGGGCCAGGAGGAGGUGUGGUUCCAUCGUCACAGCCCAGGAGAGGAGGACUCACGGCCUCACUGCUGUGCACACUGCAGAUGACCCUGGAGCAGCCUCUGCAGGGUUGAAGACGCAGUGGAGCAGUCACGAGGUGGCCGGCACUGCGCCUUGUCACACUGAGGGGCCACUGACCCAUUGCUUGCCACGUCUGCCCUUGUGACGGAGCUGAACUCUUCAGCUCAGUCAGGAGAAGCCGAGGGACAUCCAUCAGGUGUGGUGCACCAGGAAGAGCCGAGCCAGGGCAGAGAGGAGGCGGCACAGGGCACGGCUGCUGGAAGGUGGCAGCAUGGCUCGGAAGAUGAGCAUUGAUAAUCUGGAGGACCAGCUGCUCUGCCCCAUCUGUUUGGAGGUCUUCAAGGAGCCCCUGAUGCUGCAGUGUGGGCAUUCCUACUGCAAGUCCUGUGUGCUGUCACUGUCUGGAGAGCUGGAUGAGCAGUUCUUGUGCCCCGUGUGCCGCAAAUCCGUGGACUGCAGCGCUUCCCCACCCAAUGUCACGCUGGCCCGCAUCAUUGAGGCACUGCAGAGCAGGGGCGAGACAGAGCCCACCCCAGAGUCCUGCCCAAUGCACCACAAUCCACUGAGCCUCUUCUGCGAGGCUGACCGAGAGGUGAUCUGUGGGCUGUGCGGCACCAUUGGCAACCACAAGCAGCACAAGAUCACCCCUAUCUCUACCGCAUACUGUCGGAUGAAGGAGGAGCUGUCUGUGCUGCUAACCGAUGUCCACCGGUGCAAGAGGAACUUGGAUGAACAGUUCAGCAAGCUCAUCAACAACAAAAUCCGCAUUGCGAAUGAGGCAGAUGUCUUCAAGUGGGUGAUCCAGAAGGAGUUUGAGGAGCUGCACAGGUACAUCGAUGAGGAGAAGGCCACCUUCCUGGAGAGUGUGGAGGGGAAGGCGGCCCAGCUCAUCGCCUCCAUUGAGUCUCAGGUCAAGCAGACAUCAGACACCCUGCAGAGGCUGAAGGAGAUGCAGAGCAUUCUGGAGACACUCAGCAACGAAACUCAGCUUGAUUUCAUCCGUAAAUACAGCUCCUACCAGUUCAGGUCAGAGCUUCCUAGCCUACACCCAGGUGAUGCCAUCUUCAGUCCCGUAUCAUUCAAGCCUUGUUUCCACCAAGAUGACAUCAAGAUGACCGUGUGGAAGCGGCUGCACCGCCACGUCCUGCCAGGUACCAGCUUCCCCAGCUGGCAUCGCGUGGGCAUCUCUGGCUGUGCUGCCAGGACAGACUGCCCAGCCAGCGUCCCAUGUCCUGGCCUCUGCCUUGCUCUGCUCACCUGCAGCAGAGCUCCAGGAGCACUGGCUGGUUCAUCAUCUCAUGCUGGUAGCACCUGCUCUGGUGUCUGAGCAGUCCGCUCGGGUUCAGCAGCACUCCCAGCAGCAUGCCUGGAGUCUGCCUGCUUUCCUUUUAGCUCCAGAGAUGCUGAAACUGGAC